AUGGCUUCUGCCAUCAAGAAAGUAAACAUGAUUACCCAAAUCGUACGCCUCAAACAAGUCGUCAAGCGUUGGAAACACAAAUCCCUUAAGCGCCGCGGCGUUUUAUCAUACUCCUCAUCCGAUUCAGAUGAACCGGCUUUACCCGGUUCGAACCACCGCCGCCGCCGCACACCUUCAGGAUCUUUAGCGGUUUACAUCGGUCCAGAAAGAACCCGGUUCGUUAUUCCGACCCGGUUCUUGAACCUCCCUGUCUUUAUAUCUCUACUUGAUAAAGCAGAGGAGGAGUUUGGGUAUCAAAGAACCGGCGGUUUAGUUUUGCCUUGUGAAGUUGAGUACUUUUCGGAGAUAUUAAGGUUAUUGGACCGGGAUGAAGACCGGUUCGGUCAUUUUUUGGGUUUAGAUGAAAUGAUUAAUGAAGUUGGGUUUGAUGGUUUAGAUCACUCUUGUAAAGAAGCUGCUUCACAAGGAUUUGCUCCUCUUUUGCAUAAUGCUAGGGUUUAAACCGGUCCGGUUCAGUUUCUUGAAGGAGGAAGAUUUAGGGUUAGGUUUUUUAUUUUUUGAAAUUUUAAAACCAUCCUAGAACACAGAAUUUAAUUUUCUGAAAGUUUGCUGGGUUCCAAUGAGAUGUGGGUAAUUUUUAAUUUUUUUUUUUAAGGUUGUUAAUUAAUUAGUGGUAUUUUCCCCAGACAAUUAAAUGUAUUUAUUUGUUCUGGUG